AUGUCAAAACGAUUGAAAAAUUACCCAGAUCCAAUGGAGGUUGUUGGAACUUAUGGUGCUGAUGCUUUACGAGUGUAUUUGAUCAAUUCGCCAGUGGUUCGAGGAGAAAAUUUACGUUUCCGUGAAAGUGGCGUCAAAGAUGUCCUAAAAGAUGUUCUUCUACCCUGGUAUCAUGCCUACAGAUUUUUCGUACAAAAUGUACAACAUUAUGAAGAUUUCUGCCACAAAGAAUUUGCAUUAAUCGAUCGAGCUAGCAAUGUGAUGGACAGCUGGAUAUUGUCAUUUACGAACAGUUUAUUGAAUUUUGUGCAAAAGGAGAUGAGCGAAUAUCAUCUGUAUGCAGUAGUCGGGCCGCUUACCAAAUAUUUCGACACCCUGACAAAUUGGUACAUACGUCUGAAUCGAUUACGAAUCAGGGGUGAUGCUGGUGUUGAACAGUGUGAGCUGAGCUUAUCAACGCUGGGUCGUGUACUGCUGCUGAUUGUUCGUCUCAUGGCACCGUUUACACCCUUCUUCUGCGAUCAUUUGUGGCAAAAUCUUCGGCAUAUUUCUUCUUCCGGUAGUGAAUCAGUGCAUUUCGAAUCAAUUCCCCAGCCACGGGAUGAUCUUAUCUGUGAAUCGCUGGAGCGAAGUGUUGCCGCGAUGAGAACAGUGAUUGAUCUUGUGCGAUUUUUGCGGGAAAGAAAGACAAUUCCUCUUAAAUAUCCACUGAAGAGUUUGGUGGUCGUAAAUCGCAGUAAGCAAUUUCUGGAUGAUGUUAUUUCGCUGCAAAAAUACAUCUUGUCGGAAGUGAAUGUGCGAAAAUUAACAGUCUCGCAAGACAAGGAAAAGUAUGGUUUGCAUCUGAAAGCUACGCCGAAUUUCCGUGUACUUGGUGCAAAAUUGAAAGGAGACAUGAAAAAAGUUAUCAACUAUCUUAAGGAUAAAGUAACUGAUGAAGAAUUGGAAUCGUUUGCUGAAAAAGGUGUGCUUACUGUUUUGGGCUAUGAUUUGUCACAUGAAGAAGUGAAUUUGUCAUACAUAAGCAAUGUCAUGAACGCCAGCGGGGAAGAGUGUGCAGCACAUUCCGAUGGCCAGGCUAAUUUGAUGUCAGUGGACAAAGCUACGGCGUAUUGCGAAGUGGAUCCCCCAACGCACCAUCUCAGUGAUGUUAUCAUAUCACAUAGCGAAUAUAUUGAAAAUAUCACAAGCACUCCCGUAGUUUUAUCUGCUUUACCAGAAGCUACAACGCCAAUCGCAACAUUUAGCAGUGCUGUCAAGGAUGCAACCCUAAAGUUAUAUUUGGUAUCAGAAAAACCCUGCGCAGCAGCACCGACAAUAAUGGUACAUUAUGGCGCCGAGGAGCGUCGUAUUUUGCUCCAAGCUGGCGACAUGACACUUACCUACAACCGGCUACUUUAUGAAAUUCGAGCACUGUUCUCGCUAUGGUCUAAGCCGAAACUGCUACUUUCGCUGGAACCACCCCCGGCUUCUUCGUUUUUAUCGUCAACCUCUUCUUUAGUUGAACUUGCGAACAAAACUGUCUACGUUAUAACGUGA